CCAGGAAGGCAUUUCUAUGUCAGUGGGUGUGAUUUGUCAGGCGGAAGCCUCACCGAACAAAUUUUAAAGAAAGUUUUUAAGAGGAUGGCGGACAAGACUGUGGACGGGGAGCCGUGGACGGGAUGUGCCGUCAUGUUUCUGAGGUCGCUCUUUCCUGACGUGGACAUGCUCUCGCUCUACAAAGACCAAGAGGGAAAGUUCAACAUUUUCAAAGUCCUCAAGCUCACUCUUAUAGAUUCUGCAGGAGGUCUGGGUGGCUGCGAGAUCCUAAAGGUCCACGAUGCUGAGCCCUUCCUGGGGGUGGAGGUUAAAUUUGUGGAUGUGGCAGCAUGCCAGCACUUCCUGGAGAGCUACAGCUCUGGAGCGGUGCGUCAGUCCCUUUGCCAGCACGCCUGCCGUCUUUUCGCUCUGCCUCAGGAGUUCGCUGUUGAAACCCAGCUCAAGGCCGGCACUCAAAUCCUGGAUCUGUGUCUGGAAGACCUGCAAGUCUGCCUGCAGCACAUCCACCUUUCACAGCCGGAGCGCCUGCGCGAUGAGGAGAUCGAUCAUCUGGAGCAGCAGCUGCAGAGUCAGGCCUUGGGUCCUACCCCUCAGACCACCACCACUCCACAGGAAGAGUCCCCACUCCCCAGCAACUGCUUCAAGUUUCAGAACCGAGUGUUUGAGGACCGGAUGCUGACACCGGCGGAUGUUCAGAGCUUCUCUAACGGCGUGGGCCGUCAGUGGAAGCGCGUAGGGAGGGCUCUGGGGAAGAGCUGCCGCGCUCUGAAGGGCCCGGCUAUAGACAACCUGGCCUACGAGUACGAGAGAGAAGGGCUGUACGAGCAAGCCUAUCAGCUGCUGAGCCGCUUCAUCCAGGCGGAGGGGAGGGCAGCCCGGCUCAGCCGACUGGUCAGAGCUCUGGAGGACGGCAAACUCACCAGCCUGGCUGAGAACAUUCUGGACAUACAGCCCCGAGAGUAA